ACAGCGAUAACACACGUGGUAUUGGCUUAGCGGUGACUGUGCAUGGGCUGACUGCGGCUUGGCUGUGACCGCUGAGUACGAUAGUGACUGUUGCAACUGACUGUGCGUGCUGAGGCGAGAGACUGACUGAUUAACUUUCUAUGUGAACUGACUGACUGACUGUAAUAACUACGUGUAACUGGACCGUGAACUGACUGACUGACCGGGUACGUGAUCGUGACUGUACGUGGGACUGACUGUUUCUAUGUGAACUGACUGACUGACUGACUGUGAUAGCUACGUGUAACUGGACCGUGAGCUGACUGACUGACUGGGUACGCGAGUGACUGUACGUGGGACUGACUGAUUAACUUCUAUGUGAACUGACUGACUGACUGACUGAAAUAGCUACGUGUAACUGGACCGUGAACUGACUGACUGACUGGGUACGCGAGUGACUGUACUGUGCUGUGCUGAGGCGAUAGACUGAUUGAUUCACCUGCUGUGUGGACUGACUAACUGGAGAAUACUAGACUGACUGACUGACUGGAGUACGUACGUGUAACUGGACCGUCGACUGACUGGCUGAUCGGAGUACGAAAGUGACUGUACUGAGGCGAUAUAUUGACUGACUGUGGACUGACUACCUGGAUUACCUACGUGAGUGACUGUAUGUGUGGUCUUUAAAAUGUGGACUGACUGACUGACUGGAGUACGAUCAGUGACUUGACUGACUGGUUGUGUUGACUGACUAACUGACUGGAGUAGCUACGAUCAGUGACUUAAUUUUGACUGACUAUAGUGUUGAUUGACUGACUGGUUGUGUGGACUGACUAACUGACUGACUGACUGACUGAAAUAACUGUGACUAUAUAUAACUUGUAAUAACCCUUGAUAAAGAUGGGAGGAAGAAGCAUAGCAGCGAGUUAUUCAGCCAUGAAGAUGAUCACGUCCAGUCCUUCCAGCACCAUGGGUCGCCUGCUGCCCUGGGUGACCCUCGGGGUGAUGUCGUACAUGUAUCUGGUGGGGGAGCUCAGCCACUUCCUCCUGGGUAUCGUGUCUCGCCCCAUGAGCCAGGAACUUCACUACGGGGACAUCGCCUGCCUGCCCAACCCCGAGGCCGCCACGCAGUCAGACGAGUGUAAGGAGUUUGACAAUAAGACAGAGUGCCUGAGUCUACUGGAAGGUGAUGGCGACCUCACCACCACCAGCCCCAACAACACGGUCCUCACCACCUGCGUCUGGGACUACUCGGGGCUGGGUCUAGCCUACCAGGUGCUGGCCGGGCCCGCCUUCGUGGCCGUCUUCACCACCGCGGGGGUCAUCAUCAGCGCCAUAGCGGACAGGUUCAACAGGAAGGUGGUGGUGACGGUGUGCUGCGGGGUCCUGACCUUCGCCACGGGGAUGACCGGAGCGGCGAUGACCUACUGGCAGCUGGUCAUCCUUCGCAUGCUGAUGGGGGCGGGCGAGUCUUCCUUCACCCCAGUCUGCAGUAGUAUGAUCUCCGACCUGUUUCCUGAGAACCUUCGCGCCCUGGCCCUCGGGAUCUUCAACUGGGGCAUCUACCUCGGCUACGGUCUGUCUUACGCCGUCGGGAACUUCGUGACGGAAGCGGACAUCGGUGGCCUGGGGUGGCGUUGGUCGUACAUCAUCACAGGAAUCAUGGGGGUGGUCGCUACCCUCCUGGCGCUCAUCAUCAUCAGAGACCCACCGAGAGGAAUGCAAGCUAAGAAGGAGGAGGAGGAGGAGGAGAAGGCAGGAAAGAAGGAUGAAGUGAUAGGAGGAGGAGAAGAAGGAAGUGUUGAAGGUGAUGUUAAGACCUCCUCGUCUUCUGCCUCCUUCCCUCCCGCCUCCUCCUCCGAAGCUCUCACGGACAGAAAGCCCGGAUUCAAGGAGGUACUGCGGUCACUCCUGAAGCCGCCUGUCGUGUGCCUCGCCUUCGCCGCCUGCCUCAGACACACCGCCGGCUUUUCGUGGGCGUACAACACACAGCUCUACUUCCUCACCUACUACCCGGACUUCAAUUUGGGCCUCUGGGUGACGGCUUGUUCCAUCAUCGGUGGCUCUCUGGGCGUGGCUGUCGGGGGCUUCGUGUCUGACCGGCUGGUGAAGAGACUGGGGCUUCGCGCGAGACUCUACGUGCUAGCUGGCAGUCAGCUCAUCGCCACGCCCUUCGCUGCCGGUGUCCUGUACUUCCCCCCGCCCGGAGCCUUCUUCAGCCUGCUCGGGGCCUACAUCUUCGCUGAAAUGUGGCUCGGAGUGCUGUUCGCAGUGCUGCUGGAGCUGGUGCCGGGCAAGGUGCAGUCCACGGCCCUCGCUGUCUUCCUCUUCGUCAUGAACAACGUCGGGGGAAACCUGCCUGUCGUGGUGGACCCGCUCACGAAUCUCCUCAGCUACCGCACGGCCCUUCUCAUUAUGUACCCCGGCUGUUACCUGGCUAGCUCCGUCGUGUUCUUCCUAACGAGUUUUCUACUACGUGAAGACACACCCAAGAAAUGAAGAAGAGAAAGAAAGAAAACAAGAAAACAAAUGUAAAGAGGAGAGAAGGAAAGACAGGUCCCAUACGUGUUUUCCUCAUGAACUAAAACACCUGCAGUUGACCCUUUACACCUUACGUCCUUCUAAGGUUAUGUCAGGUCAAAAGAGGUCAAGAUCUAUUACAAUAAGAG